AAGUUCUCCACUGAGACCGAGAGAAGCCGCGCGAGAACCAGACGUAGAGAGAAAAGACGGGAAGGAGGAACAGACAAACCGAGUGGGAGGAGGGAGGAUUCAAACCAAACCAAACCAAGCCAACCCCCAGAUCAGAGAGAGGCGGCAAGCUAUAGACAUUGACCCUAAAGGCGUUGGGUCGGAGCCGAGAGGGAUCGAAUGGGCCCGGUCCUAGGCGCUCUAGGGUCGUGGGGAAAGGGGUGAAGACGGGACUAUCCCAGCGACGGGAUCCGGACACCGGCGCGGCCGCGCUGAGUUUUGGUCCGGUCGGCCCGCUCUCCCUUUCCUGCUGGUCGCAGAUGCUGAAGCCGCUUGUAGAGAAGCGGCGCCGGGACCGCAUCAACCGCAGCCUGGAAGAGCUGAGGCUGCUGCUGCUGGAGCGGACCCGGGAUCAGAACCUCCGGAACCCGAAGUUGGAGAAAGCAGAGAUACUGGAGUUCGCCGUGGGCUACUUGAGGGAGCGAAGCCGGGUGGAGCCCCCCGGGCUCCCCCGGUCCCCAGCCCAGGACGCCGAGGCGCUCGCCAGCUGCUACUUGUCCGGCUUCCGCGAAUGCCUGCUCCGCCUGGCGGCCUUCGCGCACGACGCCAGCCCGGCCGCCCGCGCCCAGCUCCUGUCCGCGCUGCACGGCUAUCUACGCCCCAAGCCGCCCCGGCCGGAACCGGGAGAUUCGAGGCCCCAAGCGUCGCGCCCACCGCUGGACCCCGCCGCCCUGGCUCCUGGCCUCGCGCUGCACCAGCGCCCCCCAGCGCACCAGGGCCCCCCUAGCCCGCGUUGCUCAUGGUCCCCGUCCCCCUGUUCCCCCCGCGCCGGGGAUUCCGGCGUCCCGGCGCCCCUCUUCGGACUGCUGCCGCCGCCACCGCCACCUCACAGACAAGACGGGGCGCCCAAAGCCCCGCCGCCCCCGCCACCCGCUUUCUGGAGACCUUGGCCCUGA